UGGACAGCGGAAGUGCGUAAUAGUGUCGGGAAAAAUUGUAUUACAAAUUUGCACUAUAAAAGUAAUAUUAAGUGCGAAUCAAUAAUCGAAAAAUGUCGCGAAAUCAAUUACCAGACUCGUCCUCUUCGCCUCCCAUAAGUCACUUACCCUUUCACAAUUUCGACGAUGAUCUGAUCAAUGAUCUGCCCUCUUGCAUUUAUGCUGGUCAGCACCAAGGUGGAGGAGCCACAGGCGGAGGUGGUGGUGGUGGGUCAGGAGGAGGCGGUGGCAACUCAGGGCUGCGCCUUAACUCCAAUAACCUGCGUCACAUCCAGCAACAUUAUAUGCAGCAUAGCGGAGAGAAUCUGCUGGACUCCUCCACCAACCCCAUGGGGGUGCACAACGCCGGCGGCGGAGCACCCUUGAUGUGCAACAGCCCCAGUGCCAGCAGCAGCGGAGGAGGUGGCAACAACGGAGGAUCAGGCACUCCUGGCGGAGGAGGUGGCCCCAAUCCCGGUUAUGGAGCAGUGGGAGCCACAGCUGCGUCCAGCUACAAAAUGCAGCGACAGGCGGCCAAUGUGCGAGAAAGGAAACGCAUCCAGAGGUCCGCCCCAACUGGGUACACCAAAUGUAGCAUCAAUUCGGCCUUUGAUGAGCUGAGGGUCCAUGUGCCCACUUUUCCGUACGAGAAACGUCUGAGCAAGAUCGACACUCUGCGCCUGGCCAUCGCCUAUAUAUCCCUGCUCCGUGAGGUGCUCCAGACCGACUACGAUCCCUUGACCUAUGUGGAGAAGUGUCUGCGGGGAGAGAUCAAAGCGGACAGGGCUAAUUGGAAUACGAGUGAUCUAACAGCUCGUCUUUCCUGGAUUAACUGGGAGAACCUCGGCGUCCAUCCUGGUAGGCGAACUCUGCUCACCUCGUUGGCUCUGUCCUCAGAACCCUUGUGCGGAGCCCACUGUGGGAUGCCAUAGAUAUAAACUGAAAACACAGGCCUAGCCUGUUUAACUGCUAAAAGCACUUACCACUUAAACUCUUGAUCUUCCCCCUAAGAUGCCAAAUGUCUUCCCUUUAUGGUUUUGAUCUCCCAAUUUAGUUUAAGGCUGUACAUAGUUUUGCAGU